AUGUCCAGUGCCUCGAGCAAGGCUUGGUGGAAGGAAGCUGUGGUCUACCAAAUCUACCCCGCCAGCUUCAAAGACAGCAACGGCGAUGGUCUAGGUGACAUCCCCGGCAUCAUCAGCAAAGUACCUUACAUCAAGUCGUUGGGAGUCGACACCAUCUGGCUUUCACCCAUCUUUGCAUCACCUCAAAACGACAUGGGCUACGACAUCUCAGAUUACCGCGCCAUUCAUGCUCCGUACGGCACAGUAGAGGAUGUACAGACACUGAUCGAUCAACUCCACAACAACAACAUGAGACUCUUGAUGGAUCUGGUCGUCAACCACACAAGUGACGAGCACGCUUGGUUCAAGGAGUCUCGCAGCUCUAGAGACGACCUUAAGCGCAACUGGUACUUCUGGCGCGAUCCCAAGUUCGAUGCCAAUGGCAACAGGAAAGAGCCCAACAACUGGAAGUCUAUCUUUGGUGGCAGUGCAUGGCACUUCGACGAGCAGACCGGGCAAUACUACCUUGCCCUGUUCCUUCCGUCUCAGCCUGAUCUGAAUUGGGAGAACGAAGACAUGCGUCAAGCCUCAUACGACGAUAUGCGUUUCUGGCUCGAUCGAGGUGUUGAUGGCUUUCGAAUUGACAGCAUGAACUUGAUGAGCAAACACCCUGAUCUCCCCGACGGCAAGAUCAUCAAUGACGAACCCUACCAGUCUGGCGCCGAGUUCUUCGCAUCCGGUCCAAGGAUGCACGACUACAUCCGUGAGAUGCGAGCUGUCUUUGACGAGUACGACACAAUGACUGUAGGCGAGCUGGGGUUCACAAACGACGAGGAGUCUGUCGGCGCAUACGUCGGUAAAGAUAGACACGAACUGAACAUGGUCUUUACUGGCGAUAUUGUGGAUAUGGACUUUGGCUCAGAUGGCAAAUACGGCCGAGGCACUUUCCAUCCACGCAAGAUCCGACGCAUCACCGAUAUGUGGCAGAGAGUCAUGCCCAAGGUCAACGGCUGGAACAGUGUUUAUCUCGACAACCAUGACAGCGGCCGUUCGCUCACUCGUUACGCUUCAGACGCACCAGAACACCGAUCCACAGCAGCCAAGAUGCUUGCUACAUACCUCCUCACCUUGAGUGGAACACCUUUCAUGCUUGCUGGACAAGAGAUCGGUAUGGCCAACCUCGGCAAAGGUUAUGGCGUAGAGGCGUACAUCGAUGUCGAAGGGCGUAACUACUACAACGCCGUGCUCAAGACAAGAGGAGGUAAUCACUCGAAGAUGGGCGAUGUCAUGCGCGAGAUACAACUCAAGGCUCGAGACCACGGAAGACUACCUAUGCAAUGGGACGACAGUGCAAACGCAGGCUUCUCUGCAGAAGGUACAAAGCCCUGGAUGACCAUCAACCGCGACUAUGUCGACUGGAACGUUGCGAGUCAGAUUGAAGAGCCUGACAGCGUGUUGGCAUAUUGGCGCAAGAUGUUAUCAUUGAGGAAGGAACAUUCAGACUUGCUCACAUACGGCUCUUACACACCGCUGAGUGAGGGUGAUACUGGCGAGAAGGUGCUUGGAUAUGAACGUCAAUGCCACGAGACUGGCAAAACUGCAGUGGUAUUGCUGAACUUCUCAGAUCGCGAGCAGAAGGUGCAAGUCAAGUCUUUUGCUCAGUGCGAGUUUGAAGUUAUGGUUUCCAACCAAGACAUAAACAUCAAAGCUCACAACGUGACUCUGAUGCCGCAUGGGGCGGUCAUUAAAGCUAGCUAUGUAACUCUGAUGCCAUAUGGUGCAGUUGUGCUUGUAGAUGGAUGCUAG